CAUGAGCGUGAGAGGACUUCUUGGGUCAGUUCUUCAUCAAGGAGUCAGUCAGUUUUCAGGCCUAACUACCAUCAGCUAGGAAAGGACACCCGCUCAGACUUCGUGAGGUCAAGUCUGUCACAGAGGCUAAUGUAGACUAAUCCACGAGGUACAUGUAUGUUGAUUGUAGACCACAGCGACCUGUCUAGCAGAUGACCCGUCAAUGCGUUGCCAGCCUCGGCUCCAGGCUUCACUCAGGAGACGAAAGCCUGUGGCUGAGGCUAGGAAAAGGAAAUGCUGCCGUAGGUUUCUAUGUAAUGUUAAACGGACACGAGGCACACGCAGGGAAAUGUUUCUCUGUCCCUUCAGUAAGGAAUUUUAACCUUGUUGCCGCCUGAGUUUCCUAGAUUUUUGAUAAACGUGGUUAACGUGUUGCUAACAGAGCACUGAGGAUUAACACCUUAUGGGUGUCAAAGAAAAAUAAUGAUUAUUAGCUAUGUGGUGGUGGGACUAGGCUAUAGGGUGGUUUGGGGUUAAACGCUUCCUCCUGUAAUUCUCGCAUAAACCACUAUAUGUCACCAACAUGUAUUUCAUCACGUUCACUGGAUGCCACUAGUCUUGCUCAACUAAAAUUGUCAUCUGUCUCAUCUCAACUUUGUAAGUCGCACCGACAAAACGGUUUUGAGACAACUUCAUCCUAAAAAUGUCUGACUACACUGUGAAGAUCGAGGGAACUGGUCCCGAGGAGUCCGAGGCGUCCCCUGAGAAGUCCAGGGACCCGUCUCCUGAGCCUGCUGUCCUGCCCGUGACAGAUGUGUCCUUCCUUGGAGCAAUGGAACACACGAAUGAGAUGCUUAGCUCCCUGGAUCAAGUGAUGGACAGUCAAACACAAGAAAAUGGUGAACAAGUGGAAGCAACUGAAAGUCAGAGGAAGAGACUAAAGGGAAACCUAGGUUUGUCCUCUGCUGGGUGUUCACUUGGAUGUAUUCCAAGCUUUGACUCAGUGUCCCUUACAUCUACGGUCAACACGGAUAACAACUCAGGGGAGAGUCUAGAGCAGCUGCAGUACCAAGGGGUCCUGAGUGUGGAUACAUGUGAUGAGGUGGAGGUCAAGGUGCCUGUAGAUAAUGACACCCUGAUGCCCACAGUCAUUGACUGUGACUCCUUGACAACCCUGGACCAGAUAGCCUCCUUGAGGACUCUUCAGGAGGAGAUGGACAGAGUGCUGGACAUGGACACUGUGGAUUGUCUCUCGAGAACAGUUAGCUUUGAAAGCAGCCCCAUUCCGGAGAGGAGUGGAAGCACAAAGACAUAUUGCAGUGGUGUACGCUCGGCAACCCCCUACGCUUCAAAACCAUCCCUUACAUCUAUUGACACACAUGGGGCUGAAAAUGAGGUGGAGGCCAAGGUGCUCAAUAUCGACAUAUCUUCAUUCACCCUGGACCGGAUUUCCUUCUCCAGUAUUCUUCAGGAGGAGAACGACAGAGUGCUGGACAUGGACACUAUGGAUUGUCGCUCUCUGUCGAGAACAGUUCGCUUUGAAAGCUGCCCAAUUCCGGAGAGGAGUGGAAGCUUGAAGACGUAUUGCAGUAGUGUACGGUCGCCCACCCCCUACCAGUCAAGAUUAUCCCUUACCUCCACUGAGGCACAUGAUCAGGUUGCACACAGCUCAGGCACACAAGUGAGCCUCCAAAUCCUGAUGGACCCUCUGGUGGAGCUUUUUGGUAUCACUCAGGAUAUGAUAUACACAGACGUCCAGGAUAGAGUGAUUGAAGUGCUGCAGGACAUGUACUCGGCAGCUAACCAGCUAGAGCAACAGCUAUUCCAGAGUGUCUUUGACAGGCAAGCCAGAGCCAUUGUAAAGGCGGUAGUGCAGCAGAUCAAUGCCGCCCUGUCCAGGGCUAUACAACAAACAUGCUCGGGAUCACAAUUACUUAGUAUAGUGGGAUCUGCCAAGCUCUAUAGCAAAGAUGAGUUGGCAGCGGUUGAGGGCCAAGGAGUUCCUUUGAUCACCUCAUCAGCAGAGGGAGACAGGGAUGGCAACAAGGAAGGAAGUAGACCGUUGAAACAUUGUUUUAACAGCUUUGUUCGUGUUUUGUCAGCAAAAAUGAGGAGUAUCUCCAAGGGGAUCAAACAGAGAGGCGAGAGUGCACAACAAGAGCACAAGCUAGUUGUUGAACUGCCAGCAUCAUCUGACGAGGGUACAGAGCAAGAGGCAGCAGAGGAAGCUGGAUCAAGUACAGUUUCUGAACCCUCUAGGAAGGAGAUCACAGAGGUCAGUGAAGUUCUUCAGUCGGAAUCUGAUGAUUCUCUACUUCCCUCCAUUGGGGGAAUGCUCUUCCACGUUGGAUCCAUGCCUCAUACAGAGGAUUCAGUGGAGCUAUACGGCAGUGUCCCAUCAAAGUUGACACCAGAAAGUAUGGUGCAGGAAGAACGUGUUGAUGAAGGCUUGUCUAAGGCUUGUUCCAGGACAACUUCUUCAACCAGCACCACUUUCAGCAUGGACGACAUCCAGAAGGCUGUUGCUACUUUGACCACUUCUGGAAGUGACAGGGGUAGAAGCAUUAUCACUACCCCAGAAAUGCCAGAGCAGAGUCUGCACCACCAGGGAGGUGGACUGGACAGCCCUGUCUCUUCAGAGAGAAGAGUGGCUGGAAGUGGAAGAAAGAGCCCUGCAACUUGGUCAGACGCAGAGGGAUUAAGUUCUGCAAAAAAGGAGUUAAUGGAGAGGAUGGUGCUCAGCCGUGAGGAUGCAGCAUCAGCAAAGAGCCUGGAGAUCCUCCUCUCUGGCAUUCUUCGUCCUCACACUGACAAGUUAGUCGACCAGCUGCGAAGCCUUUUGAUGGUGAACAGCACACUUACAGCACAAUCUGUGUCUGGCAGGUCAAAAUCAGAAUCUGCUCUGCCGAAGUCCAGCAUGACAGGGGAACUCCAAAGGGAGAUCUCAAGGAAGGGUUUGCUGGAGAUAGCAUAUACUAUCACCGAGAGAUCGAUAAAGACCCUUUUGGAGCAGCUGCUCACUGCCCUCCUCCCUCCAUCUGCAGUGGUUGAGGUUGCCAGGUCAUGUCAGAACAUCCGACCAGUCACUCCCUCUCAGGUGAUGAGUUCUGAAGUUAGCCCAGGGUGCUGCAACCCUCUUUCAAUGAUUUGCCGUGUGAUCAUAGAUGUCUUUACGAUCACAAGACAGGUGGUUGAGACAGCCAGUGAAAUGGAUAUGUCUCCCCCCGGAGAGAACAUUGAUGAAAGGCUUUGUAGCAACAUAGCGCCACUGCCCACUGAUUCAACCCCAUCUGCCCACCCGAUCAACCGUGAGUGCAACAGAUCUUUGGUGACCAAACCAACAAACAAAGUCAAGAGCUUGACAUUCUCAUUUCCUAAGCUCCCAAAGAUCAGUCUCAUAAAGAGCAAGAAAGUCAACAAAGGGGAUAUCGCUCCCCUUGAGACCACCAAGGAUCCUACUGAUGUCGACUAUAGUAUAUUCUGCACUACUCCAACACCAGAGAAUGCACAACGACAAGAGGAAAAUCUUGCCUCCUGCUCCUCACAGAGGAAGGAAUGGCCAAAGAACCAAUUAUUUUUAAUCAGGGUAUACUCUGCCAAGUCUAGGCAUGACAACAGCUAGCGUCAGUAGAAAUGUCCUUUUGGUUAUUUGGCAACACAACCAGAGGACCAUCUCGCCACCUACUCCACAACGAGGAAGGAGAGGCUCAAGAAGUGUUCAUUUUCACUGCCAUAACCAAUCAUUUCAACUCAGUCCUACUGACAUCCCAUUGGGCAAAAACUGGUUUAAUCAACAUCGCUUCCACAUCAUUUCAACACCCCAAAAAAUCUACAUGAUGAACUGAUAGGAUUUACAACAAGUCACGAACGUCAGAGCAUUUCGUCUUUUUUUCAGCCAACUUUUAAUCUAAAUCCAAUGACAUGGAGAUUUUUUUUAAACGUUGAAGUGACGUUAGUUGACAACUCAACCAAACGUAAAUCAAAACUAGAUGUUGAACUGACAUCUGUGCCCAGUGGGAUUUGCUGUUGUCAGUCUUCUACACGGGUUUUGCAACUACAUCAGAGGACCCUCUUGCCUCCUAUUCCCCAACAAGGAAGAAGAGGCCCAAUAAUUGUUACUCUUUUGUCAACCAGUCCUUUCAACUCUUUCAAAACUCAUUUCAAAACUGUCCUUUCACCUAUUCAUCUCAUUCACGAAGCUUCCAAAGAAAUAUCUCAACAAAAAUGUAAGUGGAUCUCACUCCCCUUCCGACCAUCCAGAGUGAGACAUAAAGCAUGCAGGUAGUGUUGUGCAUGAUCAGUAUUUGUUAUAAUCUGUUUUUUAAACACCACAUCCUCUUGUUCAUAGUGUCUACACCACCACCAGAGGAGGAACUUGCAUCCUGCUCGCCAAUGAGGAAGGAGAUGCCCAUGAAGCGUACUUUCACUUCCUUCAAUAAUAAACUGCCACUUCAUGCA